GCUGCCUGCAGACCGGACAGCAGCGGCGGCAAUCAGCAGGAAAAUCACGUCCCUGCUCUGGAUUUAACUCAGUGUGAAUGACCGAGACUUCACCGUGACUUCAACUGCACCGAUCCGAGCCGAACCGAACCGACAGACAUGCUCUCCCCGGGACUCUCCGUGUCUCUGCUGGCCGUGUCCUGCGCGCUGUGGCCGGCUGCGGUCCGGGCGGCGUCCUGCGAGCCGGUGCGGAUCCCGCUGUGCCGGUCCAUGCCGUGGAACAUGACCAAGAUGCCGAACCACCUCCACCACAGCACGCAGGACAACGCGGUGCUGGCCAUCGAGCAGUUUGAAGGGCUGCUGGGUACUGGCUGCAGUCCGGAUUUGCUCUUCUUCCUGUGUGCCAUGUACGCCCCCAUCUGCACCAUCGACUUCCAGCACGAGCCCAUCAAACCCUGCAAGGCGGUGUGCGAGCGGGCGAAGUACGGCUGCGAGCCGGUGAUGAAGCGUUACAACCACAGCUGGCCCGACAGCCUGGCCUGCAACGAGCUGCCGCUGUACGACCGCGGCGUCUGCAUCUCGCCUGAGGCCAUCGUCAAGGCAGAGGGACCAGAUCCGUACUACCAGGACCCAGCCAGGUGUAAUCCAGAAUCCAGUCCAGACUUCCCAAUGGAUUCCAACAACUUCCACUGCAGAGGACCCAACGGAGAUCGCUGUAAAUGUAAGCCGGUCCGAAUGAUUUUGAAAACCUACGAGAGGAACAACUACAACUACGUGAUCAGGGCGAGGGUGCGGGAGGUGAGGAAUCGCGGCCUGGAGCCCACGGCGGUGGUGGACGUGAAGGAGGUGCUCAAGUCUUCCCUGGUCAACAUUCCCAAGGAGACGCAGACGCUCUACUACUCGUCCUCCUGCCUGUGUCCUCCUCUGACUCCGGGGGAUGAGUACCUCAUCAUGGGCUACGAGAACGAGGAGACGUCCCGGUUGCUUCUGAUUGACGGCUCCAUUGCUCAGAGGUGGAAGGACAAAAUGGGCAGGAAGGUCAAGAGAUGGGAUCAGAUCCUGCAGGGGAAAGGCCAAGGGAAUCAGCGCCGGAAUCGCCACUGAGAUCUGACUGUGUGUGUGUGUGUGUGUGUGUGUGUGUGUGUGUGUGUGUGUGUGUGUGUGCACGUGUGUGUGUGUG